GCAGACCACAUGCUAUGUUCUGGUUAGCCUCUUGUUUGUUAAAAACUUGAAUUGUAACCAGGCUCCUUCCUUGAAAAGGAAGGCGCUAGGGCCCUGGAGUGAGAUGAUGGCUUUGUUGUGUGACCACAGAGGCUGGUUACGUACUAAUUUCCUCUAGGGCUUGUGAUGAAGUCAGUAAACCACAGCCUUCAACAUGUUCUCUUCAGGCGGCAGCAGUUGCUUCUCGGUGGUGUCUCGGCCAUGACACACAUUUGACAUGCCUUCCCUUAACUCACUCAUAGACUGUCUCUCUUGCCCUGCAGCAUGGACCAAAGAGAAAUUCUGCAGAAGUUCCUGGAUGAGGCCCAAAACAAGAAAAGUAACAAAGCGGAGUUUGCCAAUGAAUUUCUGAAGCUGAAAAAACAAUCUACCAAGUACAAGGCAGAAAAAACCUAUCCCACAACUGUCGCUGAGAGGCCUGAGAAUAUCAAGAAAAACAGAUAUAAGGAUAUCUUGCCCUAUGAUCAUAGCCGAGUAGAGCUGUCCCUGAUAACAUCUGAUCAGAAUUCCAGCUACAUCAAUGCCAGCUUCAUUAAGGGAGUUUAUGGACCCAAGGCUUAUAUUGCCACCCAGGGGCCCUUGUCUACAACUCUCCUGGACUUCUGGAGGAUGAUUUGGGAGUACAGUGUUCUGAUCAUUGUUAUGGCAUGCAUGGAGUUUGAAAUGGGGAAGAAAAAGUGUGAGCGCUACUGGGCUGAGCCAGGAGAGACACAACUCCAACUUGGCCCUUUCUCCAUAUCCUGUGAAGCUGAAAAUAGAAAAUCUGAUUAUAUAAUCAGGACUCUAAAAGCCAAGUUCAACAGUGAAACUCGAACUAUCUACCAGUUUCAUUACAAGAAUUGGCCAGACCACGAUGUGCCUUCAUCUAUAGACCCUAUUCUUGAGCUCAUCUGGGAUGUGCAUUUUUACCAAGGGGAAGACAGUGUUCCCAUAUGCAUUCACUGCAGUGCCGGUUGUGGAAGGACUGGUGUUAUCUGUGCUAUUGAUUAUACAUGGAUGUUGCUAAAAGAUGGGAUAAUUCCUGAGAACUUCAGUGUUUUUAGUUUGAUCCAGGAAAUGCGAACACAGAGGACUUCAUUAGUUCAAACUAAGGAACAGUAUGAACUGGUCUACAAUGCUGUAUUAGAACUAUUUAAGAGACAGAUGGAUGUUAGCAGGGAUAAACACUCUGGAACAGAGAUUCAAGCAAAAUAUUCAGUUCCUGAACAAAAUCCCACUCUAGGAGCAGACUCUUAUUCUCCUAAGUUACCAAAAGACAGCAUAAAUGAAGCAAAAAUAAUGAACCAACAGAACAAACUAAAGAUAAGGGGGAAAACUGCAGAAGCUGCUUCCUUUGACCUCAAGACUUCUGAAAUAAGUGAAAAGGGUGCAUUAGUUUUGCACCCUGCUAAACAGAGCAGUUCUUUUGACUUUUUGGAGCUAAACUGUAGUUGUAACAAAAACGCUGACAAACUCGUGAAAUGGGAGACAAAGGCAUUUCCAAUAGCUGGGGAGCCUCUUCAGAAGCAUCAAAGUUUAGACUUGAGCACCAUUUUGUUUGAAACAUGUCCUAAUUCUAAACCUGUAAAUGCAGCAGGAAGAUAUUUUAAUUCAAAGGGGCCAAUAAUGAGGACCAAAUCAACUCCCUUUGAAUUGAUACAACAGAGAGGCACCAAAGAGUUGGACAUCAAGGAAAAUUUUCCUCAUUUGGAAUCUCAACUGCACAAUUCUUGUCUUGAGCAGGCUCAAAAAGUGAUGCAUGUUUCUUCAGCAGAACUGAAUUAUUCACUGCCAUAUGACUCUAAGCACCAAACGUGUAAUGCCUCUAAUGCAAAGCAGCAUGACUCUAGUGCUUCUAAGGUAUAUUCUUACAUGUCUUUAGUAGAAGAUCCUUAUUUUUCAUCAUUGUCUUCAAGUAUUGCUGGAUCUAAGAUGUCUCUUGAUUUACCUGAGAAGAAAGAUGAAACUGUUUUACCUUGUUCUUCAUUGCCAACAUCCUCUACAACCCUCUUUUCUUAUUACAAUUCACAUGAUCCUUUAGCACUAAAUCCUCCGACCAAUUUUCCCCCACCACUGAACCAAGAGACAGCAGCAAUAGCAACUUCUCUAAGGAUAGAUGACGAAAUCCCCCCUCCACUUCCUGAACGGACACCUGAAUCAUUUAUUGUGGUCGAGGAAGCUGAAGAAUUCCCACUGAGUGUUCCCAAAUCCUUAUCCUCAGCUGUAAAGGUAAAAAUUGGAACAUCACUAGAAUGGAGUGGAACAUCUGAAUCAAAGAAAUUUGAUGACUCUGUGAGACUUAGACCAACCAAGAGUGUAAAACUCCGGAGUCUCAAACCAGAUCUACAUCAAGAUCGUUCUUCUUCCCCGCCACCUCCACUCCCAGAAAGAACCCCUGAAUCCUUCUUUCUUGCUGAUGAAGAUUGUAUGCAGGCUCAAUCUAUAGAGACUUAUUCUACUAGCUGUCCUAAUACCAUGGAAAAUUCAACAUCUUCAAAACAGACAUUGAAGACUCCUGGAAAAAAUUUCACAAGGAGUAAGAGUUUGAAAAUUUUGCGAAACAUGAAAAAGAGUAUCUGUAAUUCUUCCCGACCAAACAAGCCUGCAGACUCUGUUCAGUCAAAUAACUCCAGGUCCUUUCUGAAUCUUGGUUUUGCAAAUCGUUUUUCAAAACCCAAAGGACCAAGGGACCCACCAUCAACUUGGAAUAUUUAACACAACUUUGGAAUAUAGGCUGCAAGUGCAUCUGUAAAUAAAACUAAUAAAAUAUUGCUAGCUAAAAUAAGUGCUCUAUAUUCAUAAUUUCAACAAUGAAGAUAUGGUAACGUGCUAAUGGCUUUUACAAGAAAAGCAAUACUCAAAUAAGUGCCAGAAGUGUUACACUUUCAUUGGGUUGGAAACCCCAAAUAAAAGUUUGUCACUUGAGCUUAUGUGGAGAAUGCUGUAUGAGAAACAGUUUUAGAAUGGACUUACUUUUCAUUUUUGGAAGUUAUUUUUAUUCUAAUUUUCUACAUAAAUAUGAACUUUGAAAGAUUUCUAAGAAUUGGAUCUCAAUUAAAUGUCUACAUUGCCAGAAUUUACUAUAAAACAUGUUAAAAAAAAUCUUAGCUUGUGGUUGCAGCACAAAAUUACUGCUUGUGACAGUGACUAUUCCCUGGGAGUUAUUUUUGCCUAAAUAAAGCAUACCUUGCACAUCUUCCCAAACGUUGUGGGAAACUAGAGUAGUAAGAAGCUAUAUUUAAGAAAAUAAAAUAUGUAAAUAAUGACAAUCAUUAUUUUAUUUGGAUAUACCAACUAACAAGAUGUUCAACUACAUUUCUGAUAAGUUUUAACCAAAAUUAUUAAAUUACCAAAUCUAGAAGAGUAAUCGACAAAACAGCUAUCUGGCAGCAUUUUCUUCAUUUCAAACGUCCUACAUAAACAUGUGCAACAUAUCCAACCAAUUAGAAGUACUGCUAGAUUAAAAAAAUUUCUAUAUGAAGAUGGAUCUACCUUAAGAAAAUCUGAUCUUUCAAAUCUAAUUUUAUGUUACAAAUAAGUUAGUGGGUAAUUAUUACAAAGGAUUCCCGAGUUCUCAUAAUGAUUUACCUUUUUUAAAAUUAAAAAAAGGUUUACAACUUUUAGAAACAUGAAAUACUUAAACAGCAUUUGUACUUCAAUAUUUUUCAUUAGGAAGCCUAACGAUAGCGCAAAUUGGAUGAAAUAUUAUUACCUGUUUAUUGUAGUACAAUGUACACAGUAGGUGCUCAGUAAACCUUUUUGUUUUUAA